GCUUAAUCGUGUUGAAGUCGAGUGCUCGGGGUGGUUUCUCUUACACGGUCUAGAUCUGGCUUAGCGUAGCCUGGCAACGGUUAUCCUUCGGUGUUCGAGGAAGGAACCCACUUUUGUUCAAUCCUCCCACCUUGCAGCCUCACUUCCAUUAGCAAUCACCUUCACUAACAUCACAACAUGGCCACUGAUGGGCGACACGCGCAGCCCAAAUCCAUCUUGCGCGGGCACAAGGCCCAAGUUCACGCUGCAGCCUUCGUGCGAGGAAACGACCGGCUCUUGACGGGCGAUGCAGACGGUUUUGUUGUCGCCUGGGAUCUCACUGUCAUGCGCCCGAGAGCGGUAUGGCAGGCCCACGGUAGCGCCAUAUUAGGAAUCGCUGGUUGGGGCGACGACCACCUAAUCACUCAUGGAAGAGACAACAAACUCAUCGUGUGGAAAUUUACCGGAGAGGAAGAGAGUGGCCUCAGUAAGAAGUUGCCCUUGGACCCAACAUCCGAGACGCGUCCCCAACCAUGGAUGUUGUACAUGCUCGAGGUCAACACCAUGAACUUUUGUUCAUUCUCCCAUUGCCCCGUCUCUCCGGGGUCGGGUGCUGCAUCAUCCGAAAUCCUAGUUGCAGUGCCCAACACCCUAGCAUCCGAAGCUAUCGACAUCUUCCACCUGCCUUCGCAAGCCCGGCAACACACGGUUAAGCUGGGCGAGAAGGACGGGAUGGUGAUGGCCCUCUCUCUCUUUCACCAGGGCCAGACCUUGACGCUCGUCGCCGGCUACGAGAACGGCGCGGCCACGGUAGCGCAGCUCAGCGACCGCGGCAACUGGACCGUCCGGUACCAAGCAAAGAGCCACUCCCAGCCGAUCCUCUCACUCGACGUGUCUCCCAACAGGGACUUCUUUCUCACCUCGAGCGCCGACGCCAUCAUCGCCAAGCACCCUCUCCCCUCAGCCUCACCAGCAACCAACCCCCCCCAACCAAACACCACCCCCAACAUCCCACCGCCAGUAGGAGAAACAGGAGGAGACAACCCACCAAAAUCCCUCCUCACCGCCGCCCUCUCCACCACCACCACCACCACCAACCCCCAACCCAGCCCCCCAUCCGCAACCCCCACAACCACAACCAACGACACCCACCCCGCCGAACCCACACAAACACAAACCCAAACCACCCCCCUCAAAAUAAACAACACCCGCCACGCCGGCCAGCAAUCCCUGCGCAUCCGCUCCGACGGCCGCGUCUUCGCCACCGCGGGCUGGGACGCCCGCGUGCGCGUGUACUCGGCGCGGACGCUCGCCGAGGUGGCCGUGCUGAAGUGGCAUUCGGUCGGAUGCUACGCUGCGGCGUUUGCGGCGGUGGGCGGGGGUGCGGUAGCGGCGAAGGAGGAGGGGUCCCCGGUUUCACCAGGGGAGGGAGAGGUGUUGGGUGAAAGAGGAGGGGAGGAGGAGGAGGGGGUGGAAGGGGGCGGUGGUGGUGAGGGGUUACAGCAAGGGAGUAAGGAGGUGGUGGUGGUUCCCAAGCUGGUCGACGUCACGGUGCGGGAGAAGAGGGAGCGGCAGGCGAGGGAGGGGCAUUGGUUGGCUGCGGGGAGCAAGGAUGGCAAGGUUAGCUUGUGGGAUGUGUUUUAGACGCCGAGGGCAGGCGAGAGACCACCACAAGCCGUGGGUGUAUGGAGCCAUGGCUGUAUAGAACCUUGAGUUAUCAAGAGGGAAUGCUCUAAAUUCACCCCUCUGUGUCCGCCUCUAACUCGCUCCCCUUCUAUCAUGGACACUAAUACAUUAGACUACAAUAUACAACACAACACACCCAUGGUAUCCCAGCCAAUGACGAACUCCUCCCACCAAAAACACAUACAUCACACCCGCCCCUGGCACCCCCCAAAACAGCCCUACAAAUGCGCCCUCCCCUCCAGCUUCCGUUUCCUCUCCUGCUCCCUCACACUCCGACUCA